CCCAAUUUGAACUCCCCCAAAAAUUUUCUAAAAAACAACAGCAAAACAUAUCAAAACCCUAGCUUCCAGUUUCAGACCAGUGGUUUCCAACUCUUCGACCACCAUCGUUCCCCCUCCCCCCGGUUGCCUCUCUCACCUUUGUCAGAUUAUACAAUGAAGUCCCUAAAUACGACAAAGGAAGAAUAAUAGGAGUCCGUGACCGAGUCAAUGAGAUCUUCUUCGGUAAAUCAUACAACCCAUGAACGUUGCUCAUUUGCUGUUGUUUUCAAGAAUUACUCCAAUUAACCUGAUUUUGCAACGAUUGCAAUAUAUCUAGGCGUUAAACUGGCCACUGGGGUCUGGGGAUACGAGUUUGAUAUAAGUUGCAUGGGUGACGAUGCCACAGCUAAGAAGUGGAGCAAGGAGAUCAAAACGGUUAGUUAAUCUCCAGCCUGCUACUCAUCCGAUUGACCAAACGGAAAACGUCACCGCACCAACGAGAACCAGAAGGAAGACGGGUGGUGGAAGGGGACGAGGUGAUGCUGCAGGUGUAAGAAAAGGGCUCGUGGCGGCAACGGUAGGUAGAACAGUGGCUGGCGGUAGAGGCAGAGGUGUUAGAUUGAUUGAUUUGGACCUGGAACCACUAUGUGAAGUUGUUCCUGAACUUGUAGCUCGUGGAGUUGGUGAGCCUGUGUUUAAUAGAAUCGACGCGGUUGCAGAUAAAGAUAUAGCAAUGGACGGUGGAAGUGGUGAUAAAGUUAUCGGAGUUGAAGAAGAUGGAAACACACCUGCCGUGCCUGAAAGGGUACACGUAGGUAACUCUCCUAUAUAUAAGACCGAUAGAAAGUUGGGUAAGGGUGGUUUAGGACAAGUUUAUGUUGGUCGGAGGGUAAGCAGCGGAACCGAAAGAACAGGGCCCGAUGCAUUUGAGGUAGCAUUAAAGUUUGAGCAUCGUAGUAGUAAGGGUUGCAACUAUGGUCCUCCGUACGAAUGGCAAGUUUACAGUUCGUUGAAUGGUUGUUACUGGAUUCCGUGGGUUCACUACAAGGGACAGCAAGGAGAUUUUUACAUUCUGUGACUUCCCUUGACCAAAUGUACAGUUCUAGUAUGAAGUUUCUCCAGGAGCUGGCCCAAAUGCACACCAGGACUCUUCUACUAGUUGUACAAUUCUGGGAUGAGCUUUGUAAAAAGAAGCACCCAAACGAGGCAUAGUCUUAGAGGGCUAAUAUGAUCCGCAUGCACCUGCAAAAUAUAUAUGUGCCACAACAACCCUCGACUCCCAGCUAAUGGGACAUGAGAAAGCACACGGCUUCGCCCAUCAAUGUUGUGGAGUGGUGUUAGGCCUUCUAGAUCUGGUUUACACAAUUCCAAAGCUGUCACCACAUAUACACUAAUUCUUGGCAUGCUUACAAGUGUUGUAUUAGGUUUAUAUUUUGCUCUACGUUCUGGUUCUUCAACACCCCUCCAUCUUAUUCGAGAACAGGCGAGCGAUUACCAUUUCUAGAAUCGGAGGAACUAGAAUCGGGCAAAGGCAAGAAAGAAGUGGAAGCAAAACAUGUGAGUUAUUCGUACACGUUUUUCCAUAUGAUAUUUGCAAUAGCAAGCAUGUAUUCGGACAUGCUUUUAUUGGGAUGGAGCAGUUCAGAAUGCUCGGAUCUCACUGAUACCGGGUGGCUGGUCAUUGAUUGAAUUGUUCACAAUUUGCAUCUGGUGGCUAGUCGUUGAUUUUGCAUCCAAAUCAUGGAGCAUUCCACAAAGGCAAAACAACUAGAUAUAUAUUUGCAGCACUUUUAAGUGUACAAGCAGUGAGUAUAUGGAUUUGAAGACAAUAACCAAGAAUUAGUUCUUAGUUUAUGUGUAGAGGCAUUCCCUUUGCAACUUUUGUAGUUAGGUUUUGAGAAGUUUAUGUCUUUCAUAUGUAUUUAAAUUGAAAACUUAUGUAUGGAUUUUGGUUUAUUAUUGUUAAUAUAAUUUGGUUUUUAGGUUUUCUCA